AUGCCUGACGCCAUCUUCAACGCCCUUGCCCGCUUCCCCACCCAGGACCACAAUGCUCUCACCGACUCUCUCGACUGCACCUGGGUCCUCUACCCUAAGUAUAACGGGAACUCGAAAAACGAGAGCAACUCGACGACACAACGGCAGGUGUUCGUCUACAUUGACAUCCUCCUCCUGGGCAGCGGCGAUUCGGUCACCUUCUACGCCGGCAAUUCCACCUCCGCCCCCGAGGUCUUCAGCCGUACUGGUCCCUAUGAGGAGAGCGCGUCGCAGGUGGUCAGCUCCAAUCCGGGAGAGCCCCUCUACAUCCACUUCGUGGGCACCUCGACCGCCGCCAAGAACCUCGGGGCCUUCUUCCAAGCCGGGGGUUGCCUAAAGGGAGUUCAGACCUUCAGGCAGAGCGCGGGGUCCUUUAGCGACGGGAGCGGCUGGGUGGCCGACUACAUCGAACGCUCGGAUUGCGCCUUCCUCGUCGGAGGGCAAUCGAACAAGCUGGUGUCCCUGGCUGUCCAAGGCAACCUCGAGGAGAACUUCGACUUCGUGUUCGUGCGCGACGGCACGUCGGAAGACGCGCCACUGGUGGCCAUCUACACGGGCGCCAUCGACGAAACGAUCAUCAGCACCAGCGAUUCCCUCUACGUGCGCUUCGCCUCUGACAAGUCGAUUGUAGACCAGGGCUUCAAUGCCUCCUUCACCCUCAUCGACCAGACGGGGUGCGCGGGGCGGACCAAUCUCACGGACAACCGCAAGUACUUCACCGACGGCUCGGCCGGGAACACGUACCCGAACAACCUGGACUGCGAGUGGUGGAUCAGCCCGACGCCGCCCGUGGGCGAGAUCAACCUCUACUUCUCCGAGUUUGACGUGGCCGAAGGCGACUACGUCGCUAUCUGGGCCGCUGUGGGCGGCGUCAAGGACCAACAGCUGGCGCGCUACUCUGGCUCCUCCAUCCCCAACCCGAUUCGGCACGAGGGUGAUGAGCUUGUGGUGCACUUCCACACGAACGGCAACAAGGCGGCCCAGGGCUGGGCUGCCGUCUACUCGGCCGGUUCGUGCCUCGCACAAGGCACUGCGCUGGGCCCUCGCUCGGGAGAGGACAGUCUCAGUUGCUUCUGGCUCAUCGACCUCUCGGCCGACCCCGAAAUCGAGAAGAUCGAAUUCGAGUUCACUCUGUUUGACCUGGAGUAUCGCUUUGACUACGUGUCGAUCUACGAUGGCAACUCGGUCAACUCUCCCAUGGUGGCCGAGUUCACCGGUUCCACGCCCAACAUCACCGGCUACGCCACCACCCAGUCGAAGAUGCUCAUCAAUUUUGUAAGCGACGCCGACACCGGAGGCCAGGGAUGGCUUCUCAAGUACAACGCCGUCAACUUUGCGCCCGUGAGCUCGGACAACAGCUGGAUCACCGCGGUGGUGGCCGUGGUCGUGGUGGUGCCGUCCAUCGUCGUCUUGGGCUGCCUCCUCUUCGCCGCCUUCGCCCUCUGGAUCUGGUACCGGCGCAGCCACAAGGAGGAGCAACUGGUGGAGCCGGACUACUACCAACUCGUGACAGCGUCCACCAUCGAGCCGCUGCUGUUCGUUUCCGCCAAUUCCUCGCUCCCGCGUGUCAAGCACGACCCUGAAGGCCUCGCCAAGUUCACCGCCCUCCUUCUUGAUCCCGACUUCGCUCAAGCGCUCAUUCUCGGCGCCAAGAAGUCGCAUAUCGAAGUCGACACGGUGCGCAUCAGCAGGCUGAUCAUGCUCACCUACAUCUACGCCGGGCGACCGCUUGCCAUCCUCCAGGCCCAGCUCGCGCGCGAACUGCGCAAGGGAUCGAGCAAGACCAUGUUCCGGGAGGACACGGCGCUGACGACGAUGUUCAAGGUGUGGUCCAAGGUGGAGGCCAUGCCCUACCUCUGGCACAGCUUCGCCCAGCUCGUCCAGGAGGUCAAACACAUCGCCGCCGCCAAGAACAAGAACCUGGAGCUCUCGGAGUCGUCGAGUAAUCUGGAGGUGGACCCGAGGCGGCUGACGGCGGACGACAACAACCUCCUCAACACGCUCCAGCUCGAGCUCGUGCUUCCCAGGGAGCUGCGCAAGUUCUGCCAGAUGCUCAAGAAGGAGAUCCGCAAGGUCUUCCCACGCAAGGCCAAGAAGUUCUACCGGAUGGCGGUGGGCAAUUUCCUGUUCCUUCGGCUGUUCUGCCCGGCCCUCGUGGACUCGUUCGAGUACGGACUCAUGGACUCCCCGCCGGACACGGCCUCCCUCCGCCUGCUGGUGCUCAUCUCGAAGGUCCUCCAGGGCAUCGUCACCGGCAGCGCCUUCCGGGAGGACUACAUGCAAAACAUGAACGCGUUCACCUCCCAAAACCUGCAGUCCCUCGUCCAGUACCUCGACGACAUCGCUCGAGUGGAGGACAACGAGGAGUCGGACAAGUCCAGUGAGGAGCCGGACAACGACGAUGACGAGCUUGUCGAGGAGAGGCCCGUCAUGGAGAUGUCGGUGGAGCUCGACGUGUUCGAUGUUGAGUCAGGCCUCAAAAUGAGCCAAAACGUGGACAAGGCGGCCAGGAAGCAGAUGUCGGACAGCCAGCUGCAGGGGAUCCCCGAGAUCCUGCGAAACAACCGCAAGUCUCUGCGCGUGAAUCGAAACCAGGCGAUCACCAUCCUGUGCGCGUUCGCCGUGUCCGUGGCCCCCGACGUGAUCGACGCCAUCACCGCCACCCUGCCUGGCAAGAAGAAGGCCAAGGCGUUGGAGCAGACGUUCCGGGAAGUGCUUCCGCUGCUGAGCGACAAGGGCUACUCCGGCGAUGACACAGGGGAAGACAGUGACGAGGACCGACUCUAA